GCAAGGUGCCAGUUCAGCCUGUGCCCAGUGUCUGCUUGUGACUUGCAGUGUUGGGAGCUGCUCUGAGCCUGCUUUCCUGAGAGGCAGUGCUUUGAGGUGGAGUAUGUGCUCCUUAAAGCUCAUGCCCUGCUGACAGGCAGUGUUAGUCCUGUUCUCUGCAAGAGAGCAGGAAGCUGAGUGCAAAGAUGUUAAGCGUUGAAGGUCAUGUAAAUUGUGUCCAUCCAGGUGCUCUUUCUCUGGUGUUCAUGCUGUUUUGUGGCCUGCACUAGUGUUAGGCAUCCAAGUGUGUAGACAAGGCAGUGACAUCUUUAUCUUGUCUAGCUUAGAUAAAAACUCCAGGUAUCCCGCUGAUGCAAAAUUCUGUUGGCAGAUGUUCUAUAUGUUCUCCCUCCUGCAACAGGGUGGGGAGGGGGGGAGCAGAAGGAAGGCUCUGGUAGAUGAGAUUUAGGGCUCUGGACUUCUGCAAAAAAAUUACAGCUUGGGGACAAAGACUUGUAAAUUGAUGAGUUGGGACUGUGGUGUGCUGAGAAAGGGGUGCUGAAGGACCUGGGCUGCAAGCAGACCUCUAUCUCUAAUGUUCACGUGGCCCUGCUCAUCUUAUCAGUGAUGUAGGGAGAAAAUGAACCGGUCCCAAACCACUUAGUGCUUUGCAGAUCAAAACUAGCUUCUCAGAUUCUCCUCUGUGUUUCAUAGAUGAUCUGAACAGGUCUUCCUGCCCUGCUUUCCCACCUGUCCUUUCAGAAACCAGCUGCUGAAUUCAGCAUCAGCUCCAGCCCCUGGCUGCAGGCACAGCCUGGCACUGCAGUGCCUGAUCUGGUGGGCACUCCCACCUCCGUGAGCUGUAUGGCACAUCAGGGAGGCUCUGCUCCCUUUUUACAGCUCCUGGGACUCAGUGCUCAAUCCAAAUCUGCUCACUGAGGUUUGAACGCUAUCGAGGCUCUUUAGGUCUCAGGGUAAACUGCUGAAUUCGUGGAAUGUGAGUUCAGAAUGGGGAUCUUGCUGUAACCACAAAACUGCAGCACAGUAAACUACUGAAAUUUGUAAACUGAAAAGUAGUUUUUACUUACUCUUCUGUCUUGCCGAGCAAAAUGCUGACAGGGUCCCUUUCCUUGUCAUUAGCUGGGUUUUGUGAGAGCAGCGUGGAGACCACGGUGAGAGGAGGCCAGUGGGUGCCAUGGAGCUCCCCAGUUACAGCCAGCAGCUGCUGCCCCAGCUGUACACCCUGUGCAAGGAGCAGCACUUCUGUGACUGCACCAUCUUCACUGGGGACGUGCAUUUUAGAGCACACAAGGUAGUUUUGGCUGCUGCCAGCCUGCUGUUUAAAUCCCUCUUGGACAGUACAGACAGCAUCUCCAUUGAUGCUUCUGUGGUGAUGCCUGAGGAGUUUGCACUCUUGCUGGAGAUGAUGUACAGUGGCAAACUCCCACUGGGGAAACACAAUUGCACCAAAGUUAUCUCCGUGGCAGAUAGUCUGCAGAUGUUUGAUGUGGCUUUUAGUUGCAAAAGCCUCCUCAGGGACCUCAUAAGCUGUUCUCCUCGGGACCAGGUACUGAGAGGAGUCUCCAACCAGGCAGCAGAUUCGUCUGAAAACAAAGCUGAAGCUAAUAACCUGCCCCAGUCUGGAAAACUCAAAGAAGAAAAAACAGAUAUCCUCCUCAUUCAGAGAGUUUUCCCUUUACCUGGCCCUGUAGAAGCAGAAAUGGAAGCAGAUGUUUCUCCUCCUGGCCAGGAACUUACUGUGAAUUGCACCUGGGUUCACGAGGACUUGAUGUUGGAUGUCUCCAGGUCCCUCCAGGAGGAUUCAAGCUCUGGCCCUGACCAGCCUGCCCAUGCUGAGUGAAGUGGCUGUGUGGAAGAGCCUCCAGAGCUUGCUGAGCCUCCAGAGGGGAAAGGGCGAUCGAGGGAUUUAGCAGCAGAGAGCAAAAGCUGUAAACUGGAUUUCUUUCUUCGGUAUGAAAGUGUUUUCUCUGAGGCCCUUUCUGAUGCCCAGGCUGUGCUGAAAAGACUCGACAGAGAAAUUGAUGCCUCUCAAAAGGAGGCUCUGGCUGCCUGUCUCGCCAAGGCAGGGGAACAGUCACUGUUCAAGAAGUUGCUGAGCAAAGUGGAGCAUGCUCUGCUCAGGGAUACUCACACCCAGGACAGUGACACCCAGGACACUUGGCCCCUGGACACUCGGACGCUCCUGUGUUUUCUGAAGCUGUUUCAAGACAUGAAUUCCAGGCUGAGAGCAGCUCUACUGGAAAGGGAACAGAGCACUGGAAAAGCCCCAUGGCAAGGAGAGGACAGAGCUGAGGAGGAGACGCUGACCGCUCGCUUGCUGGGCUGCAGGGAGGAGCUGAUCCAGAGCGUGACACAGCUGAGCCCCAUCGUGGAGUUCUUGGAGGCAGCAGAAGAGGGAUUCCUGACCCCCUUGGAGAAGUGGGUAGUUUUGGAUUGCUAUGAAAGCAGCUCUGAGAGGGAAGCCGUGGACAACCUGCUCAGGAAGGUGGAUGAAGAGAAAACCCUGAAUGUGGAAAGCUUGAUCAAACUUCUGGGGGCUGUGAAAGCAUCAUUCCCUGGGCUCCAGCUUCUGCUGGACAACUUGGUGGCAGCAGCAAACAUCUCUGAUAGCAAAGAAACUUCAAUGGUGAAAAAAAUCCUUCUUGGAUUAAUCUGUUUGGCAGUUCUUACUUUUAUUUAUCAACUAAUCAGGUUCCAAAAUCUUUCAGGUGAUCUUGUCUUCUUAUUAUUUCUCCAGCUACUGAGUAUUUCUGCUCAGAAGGAAAGUUCAGAGGCCUCCUUGAAAGCAGCUCUGAGCACAGCCCAGGAGAAGUGUGUCCUGACCAUGAAGAUCUACCAGGUGCUGUGCAGGGUCCAUGAGUCCUUCCCAGACCUGCAGCCAAUGAUGCAGGAGCUGGACUGUGUGGGUCUCUUGACUGAGAGAAGUGGGGAGAAACCCGGGAUCAGGACGUGGAAGGUGAACAGUGAAUCCCAAGUUAAAUCUCUGGACAAAGAUGAGGACAAGGCAGGAGGAGCUGGUGCCAAAGAAGCAAAGGAAUCCCAAGACAAAGCUUAGUCCAAGAAGAGUUUUGUCUGCAAAGCCUGUGAUAAGACCUUUCACUUCUGCUGCUGCCUGAAGGUGCACAUGAAAUGCUAUCAGGUGUCCAGAGGAAAGCAGAUCCAGUGUAAAGAGUGCAGCCAGGCCAAACUGACCAAGAAGGAGCUGGAAAAUCAUCAGCUGGAGGUCCACGGGGUGGUGGGGAUGGCCAAGGAAAAGAAGCAGCUCCCUGUGGCACGUGACAUCUGUGGAAGAGAGUUUGCUCAUGCCUCAGGAAAAACACUGAAGAUCCCUACAAGCUGCAAGAAGUGCCAGAUGAGCUUUGCCACCCUGCAGGAACACUGCAAGCAUGUCCAUGAAGCACCUUUGGGAUUCCAGCCCUGCCCUACCUGCUCCAAAAUCUGCAGUGCCCCAUCACUCCUGGAGAGCCACACUGGGGGAAAGACUUUGGAUUCUGUGACAAGACUUACCAGGAUGUCUCUCCAGGCCAUGUGCAGCAGUGAUUCCGACGCCAAAGCAGGAGCAGCAGAGCACAUCAUCUCCUUUGAUGGCACCUGGCUCGUUGGCUCACAAGUCUUUUUGAUGUUGCCUGAAUCCCAUGUGAGCCAAAGUGGCUCUGAGCAGGUGGCAGUGACUAUGGAGGACUUGUUUGAUGACAGAGUAACUCUGAUUUGUGAAGAAACCAAGCGGGAGACAGUGGGGGGUGCCUCCAGCUGCCACUUGGUAUCCCCUAGACUUGUUCAGGAACUCCAGCUCGGAGAUCCGGGGCUUCUCUGGGAAGGCAAUCCCAGGCAGGCAGCAAGCACAGAAUGACCAGGGACAGGAGAGGUUCAUAGACAUUCACUGCCUGGGAAGUCUCCCUGCAUUAAUCAGCUGCCAGCUCAGGUGAGCUGGACCACCUGUCUCUCCCAGGUGAGAAAUAAAGCAGAGGAAAAAAAUGGGAAUUGGGUGUGACCCUGUGCUGCUGUGAAUGGAGGGGAGGGGACUAGUGCAGGACAAAACUGGGAUGUUAUGGGUAUGGGAAGGAAAAAAAAAAGCUGUCCUGAGAAUUUAGGAUGGAGAUUUUUAUGGCUGAAUCAGUGAUGUAGUCACAGGUAUCUUCUCUGCAGGGUGUGUAAGGGCUGCUUUGUGUCUUCUACUCCCACCUGUACUGAUGUGCAGCUAGAGACCUCCUCCAGCACAGAUCUGACCUCUGGGUCUCUCUUCUCCAGCAGGGACUUCCUGGAAAUUGGGCUAAAUGACUUCAGUGCUGUUUAGGUAGCACCUUGUGCAGCACAGGUUCUGAUCCCAUCCAUAUUUUUGCUGUAACUGUCUGUUAGGAAGGAGGGUCCAGGGCAGAUCUGGGGAUCCCCAUCCUCUCUGCAAGCAAACAGCCCUGAGAUGUCCCACCACCCUCUUAAUUCACCAGGAACAUGCUGAAAAAGGAGAAGGACUUGUGCCUGUGUUCCAGGGUCCCUCAUUACUGGUGACAGUGACUUGGCACUAAUGAAAGUAUUUGAGUGUGGGAUAGCUGCUGUGACUGCAAGUGGACAUUCCCCUGCCACACAGGGGGCACUGCCUUGUAAGAUGCAUUCAGGUGCCCACUGUAAAGUUUGCUUCUCUGGUGCCAGCAAGAUGCAACAGCUUCAUUGCAGCACACCAGUCCCUUUAAGGCUAAAUUCCAUAAAGCUUUUUUAUCUGCAGCUUCCUAAAAAUAUAAUCUGAUAAUUAAUGGUUUGCUGCAUCCAUUAUGAAGUGCAAUUAGAUAGAUGCAGGGUUCCUGUGGCUCUGAGGGGACUGGUAGCAUUUAUCUUCCUUUCCCUCAUGCCAGAAGGUUGAACUCUGCCACUGCAAUAUUUACACAGGGAGCAGUGAUCCCGCUGGAUCUCAGAGCCUGGGACCCCACGGUGAGCAGUGAGCUGUUGUGUCCUGCUGCCCAGAGCCACGGGAGAUGAACAGAUUGGAGUUUUCCAGCCGCAUCUUGUGCUGGCUGCUCACUGCCACCAGGCAGAGAUGGUGGCACAGGAGCGUGCCAAGGUGGCUGUGCCAGUGAGAGAGUUUGUUCCCAUUAUAACUUGGAAGGAACAGGGAGCAGCAGAGCUCCCAGGAGAGGGGCUUGGGGGAGCUCGUGACAUUUUGUGUGUGUGUGUAGCAGCAAGCAUAUGACCCUGCUGAAGUGUUGCACGUGUCUUGAAGGGCUCCCACAUAUGGUUUGUCCCCCCAAGCUUUUCAGGGAUGGUGACACUGAGGAAGCGUGAGGUUAAGCUGCCAAUGAAUCCAGGAAUGACCAGGAGAUGGUGCUCAAGGCCUUGAGGAUUAGUGCUAUGGCCAGGUGCCUCUGCACCUUUGUGGAAGCUCCUCUGAGCCUUCCCAGGCCUUCCCCAGCUCCUGGGCUGCCAGCCAUGGAGAGAUCUUGAGCCACUGCCAAGCUGAAGGAGAACUCCAAGCCCUGGACAGGUCACCUCCAAACCCUGGAUAUCACUGCUUAAAGAGCCUGAAGCUGGGUCUUGGCCACUUGUAGAGAGGGUAAAAUGCACUUGUUACUGAGGUGAAGAGAUGAAAAAGCCUGGGAUCCCCCUUGACCAGGAGAGGGGCCAGAGGGGGAGCUGCUGGAGCCCAUCUCAUGUGUGGCAUGUGUGCAUGGCAUUUGGGAUGAGCAUGGGGAUAAUGGCACAAAAAGCAACUGUGUCUUGAUGGUUUCAGAGCAAAUGUGUUGGGAGGAAAGUAGUGGAUUUUGUCCCACAGGCUGGUGGAGUUGGAAGCUGUUCCCCCUUUUCUGACUCCAUGGGAGCUGGGAGCUGUGGAAAUCCUACACAGGCUGGGGGGGGGGGGGGUCUGGAGGGGGGAAUGGAUUGUCCAGACAAUGCUUUGCAGGUGUCCUGGCCUUUAUGUGUGAGCCAAUAUCUGCAGGGAGAGCUAAGGUGAAGCUAAUGUCCCUUUGUUCCUGAAAAAAUGUGGAGGGGGGGGUAAAGGUUUAGCAGGGCUUGUGAAGAAGUUUUCCUUAUUUCUGUCCAUCUCACAGGGCAGAGGCAGCUCAACCAGGGCAGAGCAGGUAUUUGGGGCCUGUUGGCCGUGAUACCUUUGGUCCCUGAUUCCUCUGGUCCCUGAUUCCUCGUUGUUGUUACAGCUGGAAGGGGACAGUGUGGAUAUCACUUCAGGGGUGGUUCAGACUCACCUCUGCUGUUUGGGGCCAUCUCUCCUGCCUUUCUGCCCAGCAAGGUCCCGUGUGGACGUGUCCUCAGCAGAAUCCUGCCAGCUCCACACCCCCAGUGAGAGCUCUGUAGCUCGACAGAGCCCAUCAAGUAUCUCCCAUAUCAUUACGAGGAGAUAAUAACUUACUUCCCCCCAUUCCAGUUCCUUCUUGAUAGAUGAGAUAUGUACAGCAGAGCAAAUUGCAGCCUUAGCAACACCCAUGUCCUACCCGGGAGGGAGAUGCAUUUCCCAGGACACAUCCUGGCCUGGUGUGCACCACACUGGGGAUGCUGGUCGCUGGUGAUUCCUUGUCUUCUCUGUAAAAGUAAAACGUGGAGAAGGAAAGAUGUAUCUGCAGAGUGUCAUUUGAAGCAAUUCACUGGAAAAGAAAACCUUCCUGUGCUUGAAAAUAUGAUUUUUUCAAAUCUUCUGCCAGGUGCUGGGUGACCCACUGGGUUUUGGGUCCUGUGCCCCCCUUGACCUUGGUGCCAUCCUCUAAGGAAGCAGGUCAGGCUGGAGCAUGGGACCAUCCUGCCCUUCACUGUGUCCUCCUAUUGGAGCUGCCAGAUGCUUUUGGGAAAAGGGCAGUGCCUCCAACAAACUGGGAAGUGACAUCCCAGGAAAGACUUUAGGUCAGGUAAUGGUGGAAUGACAAGACAAGGUGAAAUGGCUUUAAGCUGGAAGAGGAUAGAUUUAGAUUGGAUAUUAGGAAGGAAUUCUCCCCUGUGAGGGUGGUGAGGCCCUGGUUCUGACCCCGUGUCUGUCCUGUUGCUGUGGGAUCCUUUGGAACAAGGCAGUGUGCCUUGUGUACAGCACUUGACCUUUCCCAUGUAAAGUGUCAUUUCACAGCCCCAAGGUGCUAUUUUAACAGUGCCUGCAAAUUCAGUGCUCUGGGCCUCAUUUUUGGGUUGAGGUUUUUAUUAUUUUUAAACCCAACCUGUCUGUAAUUAGGUGCAAAGAUGCUGCUCACCUAGGAGUUAAAGAAGGAGGUGGCAGGAGCAUGGAGGGAGUUUGGACAGAGCUUGAAGCCUCUUGUGGGGGAGAGGAGGAGGAGAAUGGGUACUAAUGGUCUGAAAACACUGUGUGUGUGGUUCAGGCAAGCCCUGGCAGCCCCAGGUGAUUCUGAUAUCUUGGCAAAUUUUAAUGUUGGUCUGGCAGGCUGCCGGCACAUCCCCAGUGAAUUCAGGCACUGGAGAAGGGAAGUGAUGUCUCCAACAGCCUCCAUCCAGCUCAGCAAAACCUGAGUGCCCUUUCACAGCACGGAGAUGAGACACGUCAGCAGCCAGAGGGAUCCUCCCAAAUUUCAGUGGUUUGCUGCAGAUGGUGAGAGCUGAGGCACUUCCCUGGGACAUGGGCUUGGUAACCUUCUGUCCUGGGAUGAGCAGGCUGGCUGAUGGGGGGCCUGGCUGCCUCCCCAGCAUCAGUUCCUGAGCCCCAGCACCAUCAGCUGCACGAGGCCUCCUUACAGUAACCUCCACAAUUCCCCAUUUCCUUUGGUCGGGUCUCCAGCCAGCCUUCUGCACAAGCAGAAGCUCUCACUCUGCCUUCCCUGCACCCUUUAUGAUCACUCAAAGCAGGAAAUCUACCCAGGUUUCUAAUCAUGUUUAAGCAAACCUGAUAAAGUGCAGUUCUUAGUCCGUUUAACAUCAGACACACGGAUGCUGUGUAAGUUGUGGUAAAAAACCUUCAUCCACAGUGGGAGUGGGGCUGGGAAGCACCCGUGGGUCAGACCAUGCCACUGGUUUUUGUGACCUGCAAGGAAACAGAAAGCCCUUGCUGGUGAGACAGAGGCUGGAGGAGCAGUGAGGAGCAGUGGGGAUCUGAACUGCCUGGCAGCUCAGCAUCACUAAGUGUCAGGCCGUGUGCCUGGGAAGGUGCCACGCUGGCUGUGUGGGGACAGGAGGGGACUGGUUAGGAUGUGUGACAGCAUCCUGAGGGCUGCUGGUUGGAACAAGAGCCCUGAGCAAUGUUUGGGGGCUUUAGGAGAUGCUUUUGGCAGAAGCCAAGAGGAGUUUCCUGUUGCCCCUGCUCUGAGUGUUGCUGCAAUGAGAUGUCAGUGCUCACCCACAGCAGCGUGUGACAAGGAGAUGACAAACUGAAGGCUCUGCAGGAGAUGUCUACCUGACAGCACGAGUCAGGAGGUGGGAAACCUGUCUUGGAACACGAGAGCAAAGGAGCUCUCACUGCUCUGCAUGGCUGAGGAGUGACCCGGUGGCAGCUUCACCCCCUGUGCUGGGAGGUGGUGCUCACUGCCAUCUCUGCACUCUGGCAAGUGCUGGAGAGCAUCAAUGUUAGUCAAGGCCCAUUUGUACAGAGCACAAAUACUUAGCUUGGCCUUAUUUCCCUUUUCUUGGACACCCUGGAAAUGCCUGGCAUUGUGGGUGGUCCAGGCAGUGACCUUUCCACUCCUGACAGGAGCAGGCAGUCCCUGUCUUGCUUCUGAGGAGCUCAGGGUCAAGUUUUUUGGCCGAUAUUCCUUCAUCCCAUGGAUCAGGGAUGCUUAGAGCCCUGCAGCAUAUGGGAAGCCUCGUCUGGGCAGGCUGGCUGCUUGUGUUCUCUGUGCUUCCCAGACUUUCUCCCGCUGGCCCCAAAGCCUCCUGCAGAUGGGGAGGGCUGGCCGGGAUGGGUCUGGUGUGCACAUCCUCCCUUCGAGCACCAGGAGGAGCUGCCAGCAAAUGGGUCUGUCCUGAUAGAUUAGAUCUAUCUUGAGGCUGUGCAAAAUCAUCUCAGCCCACAGGUCUUCCAGCCACUGGAGGCUUCCUGCUGGAGCUGGAGUUUGCUCUCUUUCUCUUGGCUGCAAUAAGGUGAGCAGAGCCCUGCCUCGGGUUUCAGGCUGCCUGGGGAGAUAAUCCAUGCCCCUCCAGCUGUGCUGAACCUGCUAACGGGUGUGAUGAUGGCUUUCCCUGACAUGUGAAUCUGGCUUUCUCUGCCCAAGGAGGCCAAGGCCAUAUGUCACCUCCUCCAUGGCCUUGGCCUUCCUGGCCAGCACUUUGGUGGGGAAGAGCUGAGCUCCAGUCUUUGCCAGCCGCCCUCAUCCCUCAGCUUUGCUGUCCUUCACCUGGACAUGGUCUCCCUGCAGGUUCACCCCAGCCCUCCACCUGCCUUCCCCUGAUCUGCCCUCACCCAGACCUUCUUCCCCAAAGCUCAUCCUGCAGAGGGGUGCCUGCACCUCGACGUGUUCCUGCCCCAUGCAGGGUUUUGCUCUCUGUAGAGACUACACGUGGGGGCACAUCUGGAGAGUCUCCAAUUGCAGGUAUAUAAUUCCCAUUCUGAUCUUCUACAGGAGUCACAGGGGGACUCAGUGCUGGGUGGAGGAUGGGUGGAAUGGCUGUAAGGACCCCACGAGUUGUUCCUUUUGUCCAACUUGUGUGUUUAUUUUUCCAGCUCAGAGGCUCCAGUGAGACCCUGUUUAGAGCAGAGCUGCCCCAUCCACUGAUACUUAAUGCCAUAAUAACAUCACAUCGGUUCAGCACGUUGCACUUCAGACCUGUAGUUGUUUCUUUUGUCCCUGAGUGUUUAAAGCUGUUGUUAUUGAGCUGUCCAGUGACACAAGGGGCUUUCUCCAGCAGGGUUAUAGAUGAUAGUGAGUUUGGUGAUACACAGGAGCAGGUCAGAUGAUCUCUGUGGCGUGUGUGAACUCCCAUUUAUCAACAGCCGGUCUCUGUGAGCAGUGAAUUCCCUCCACAGCUCCCUCCAGCCUCUCACAUCAGCUAACCCAGAUAAUCCUUUGCUAUCUGCCACAUCUCAGUAGAUCUAUUAAACACACAUGAGUUCUGGUGUCCUUGUGCAUAACCAGGGUAUGUUGCAAGAUUUCAAAUCCCCCGGUGCAGGAUUCUGUCAAAGUUUUGUUGAAAGUCUAAAUAAAUAAACCCCUUUUACUCAU